CCAUUGCAGUACAUUGAGCUCCAUAGAGACAGCGCCGGGGCAAGUAAGAGCCGGACGGGCACUGGGCUACUCUGUGCGGCACUGAGGGAAAGUAAUCAAAAUGGACAAAGGUGAUCCCAAGAAGCCGAGGGGGAAAAUGUCCUCAUAUGCCUUCUUCGUGCAAACCUGCCGGGAAGAACACAAGAAGAAGCAUCCAGAUGCUUCUGUGAACUUCUCAGAAUUUUCUAAAAAAUGCUCAGAAAGGUGGAAGACAAUGUCUGCUAAGAAGAAAGGAAAAUUUGAGGACAUGGCAAAAGCUGAUAAGGUUCGUUAUGAAAGAGAAAUGAAAACCUACGUACCACCUAAAGGAGAAACAAAAAAGAAGUUUAAGGAUCCCAAUGCGCCGAAGAGGCCUCCUUCGGCAUUUUUCUUAUUCUGUUCUUAGUAUCGUCCAAAAAUUAAAGGGGAGCAUCCCGGUCUUUCUAUUGGAGAUGUGGCAAAAAAAUUGGGAGAAAUGUGGAAUAAUACUGCUGCAGAUGACAAGCAACCUUAUGAAAAGAAGGCAGCUAAACUGAAGGAAAAAUAUGAAAAGGAUAUUGCUGCAUACCGGGCUAAAGGAAAGCCUGAUGUUGGGAAAAAGGGAGGAGUUGUCAAGGCUGAGAAGAGCAAGAAAAAGAAGGAGGAGGAGGAAGAUGAGGAAGAUGAAGAAGACGAGGAGGAAGAUGAAGAAGAUGAUGAGGAGAAUGAAGAAGAUGAUGAUGACGAUGAAUAAGUUGGUUCUAGAGCAGUUUUUUUUCUUGUCUAUAAAGCAUUUAACCUCCCUGUACACAACUCACUCCUUUUAAAAAAAAAA